AGCCUCAUUUGAAUAUCCCAUUCCCACUUCUAGAAGAUUCUCUCUGAGGCUAUAUAGAGCAGGACAGAGUGCAGCAGUCAGGCUUUUUUCCACAGCACACAAGACAGGAACGCCGCUAAAUCUGUGCCAGAAUGAAAAUCGCAGGCAUCAAAACAACUCAAGGCCGCUACAGCUGCGUUUGGAGACAGACAGGAUGUGGGUGACUUCCAUUGUAGCUCUAUGUACGCUGGCCCUCGUGGCCUCCGCAGAGGUCAAGAAGCUGAGCACCCACGCCACCACACUGGCAGACACUAGCGCCAACUUGGCAUUCAGCCUCUAUCACAACAUGGCAAAGGAGAAGGACAUGGAAAACAUCGCAAUCUCUCCCUUGGUGGUAGCCUCCUCCCUGGGGAUGGUUGCACUUGGUGGUAAGAACUCCACUGCCUCCCAGGUGAAGACAGUCCUCAGUGCUGACAAACUGAGAGAUGAGCACCUGCACGCCGGCCUGUCAGAGCUGCUCUCAGAGUUCAGCGACACCAAAACUCUCAACACUACCUGGAAGAUCAAUAACCGCCUGUAUGGCCCCAGCUCUGUUUCGUUUGCUGAUGAAUUUGUGAAAAACAGCAAGAAGCACUACAACUAUGACCACUCAAAAAUCAACCUCAGGGACAAGAGGAGCGCGGUGAACUCCAUCAAUGAGUGGGCAGCCAAAUCCACCAACGGUAAACUGCCUGAGGUCACCAAGGAUGUGCAGAACGCAGACGGUGCGAUGAUUGUCAAUGCCAUGUUCUUUAAACCUCACUGGAAUGAAAAAUUCCAUGAAAAAAUGGUUGACAAUCGCGGUUUCCUGGUUUCUCGCUCAUUCACUGUUGGAGUGGCCAUGAUGCAUCGUACAGGCUUGUAUGACUUCUACGAGGACGUAGAGAAUCGUGUCUUUGUGCUGAACAUGCCUUUGGGCCAGAAGCAGGUUUCUAUGAUCCUUAUUAUGCCCUAUCACCUGGAGCCAUUGGAUCGCCUGGAGAAGCUUCUGACCAGAAAGCAGGUGAACACCUGGCUCAGCAAGAUGGAGAACAGGGCUGUGGCUAUCUCCCUCCCCAAAAUCUCAGUCGAAGUCAGCCACAACCUACAGAAACACCUCGCUGAACUUGGCUUGACUGAGGCAGUGGACAAGUCCAAGGCCGAUCUGUCCAACAUUUCUGGGAAGAAGGACCUUUAUUUGUCUAACGUCUUCCACGCAUCAGCCCUGGAACUGGACACUGAUGGGAACGCGUACGACACCAGCAUCUUCGGCACUGAGAAGCUGAGGAACCCCAAACUCUUCUAUGUCGAUCACCCCUUCAUCUUCCUGGUGAAGGACAACAAGACCAACUCUAUCCUGUAUAUCGGCAGAGUGGUGCGGCCUAAAGGGGACAAGAUGCGCGACGAGCUUUAAUGUUAAUGGCGUCAGGUGCGUUUAGUAGAUUUUUAUGCAUAUUGUUUUUGCCACGCGAGCAAUCUGGUUCGACUGUUACCUCAACAAGACAUUCCAAUUGACGAUCUGUGGAUUGAGUAUCUGAACCUGCUGUUGUAGAUACACAAAACCUUGCAGGGCACAAUUCUAAUAAGAGGUUGACUUCAUAAUAGCCCAGAAACACAGAUGAAAACCCUAACUUUGAGAUUUAUAUAAGCAAACAGCAGUUAAAACAUGCAGACAACAUGCUUAUAUUAAGUAUGAACACUCUUCAAAGAAAAAAAAAAAACCUGUUUUUGCAAAUAUUGUUUAGGCUAUGAUCCAUGUGUGUUUUUCUGACAAUAUCUUUAAUGUUUAAAGACAGAAAGAUCCUUGCACAAGCUUAUUCCACUUCACAGUUCGCACUCCUUGCCCUGUAUGCUGGUUUUAUUUUAUUUUGCGCCCAGUCUGCACUGAAUUGUUCUGCUGCACGAGCUGAGUCUGCAGCCGAAAUUCAUGUUUACUAGCCAACUAAUUUCUGUGUCCUUUUUUCUCGCUGAGGGUAUUUUCCACAAGAAGCUGUUGGAAUGUUGUGAUGAUUUAAUAUUUUCUUCCUUUUUCAAUAAAAGAGAAAAACUGGA